UUCUUCGAGAGCAAAAACAACACUAAGGCUAACGACGAGACAAAAAGUUGAAUCUUUGUGUUCACAUUGAUAAUAUCGUCUUUAUUUUCUUUACUUGUUUCCCCUUUGUCAUUGUUUUCCCUUUUGGUACCGUUUAUAGCAAUAGUAGUCCCUAGACAUGAAUGCUGCUUCCUUCCUUCAAAGCAACUUUACUUCUAAUGACCCCACUGCCAAGAUCCCUGUGGAGCAUCUGGAAUAUGACUACAUUGGCAAAUGCAAGGAUGCCAAAUACCUGGAGAAAAUUCUUCGAUUACUGAGAUCUGGCAAGGAGGGCAUUUAUCCUCAUCUGAUUGAGUUUUGUGAGAGCCAUCUGGAGAAACUAGACCCUCACAGCCGAGCACUUAGGAAGGAAAAUCCUGUUUCCACAUUCUCCAGUCUCCCACCAGAUGAGAGGAGCCUUAUUGAAAAGAAGUUGAGGAUGUGGCAAGAUGAAUGCAGAGAGACAGAGAUGUCUCUCAAAAAGCAUUUAAUGUUUGAAGAAGAUGAUGUGGCUCAAACUAUACCGCCUGUGAGAGGGUCCAACUGCUCUGUUCCACUCAGUGGGAACUCAGGUCAACUGAGGUCUUCAAGAUGUAUGAAGCCACGAGAUUAUCGAGAAUGGGACAAGUUUGAUGUGGAGAAAGAAUGUCAGAAAAUUGACGGCGACUACAUUGGAAAUGAUCAGCCUGCAAUUGUCACCACAGAACACCCCAAGGCUGAAGUGGAUCCUUCAUUGCUGACAACAGAGGAGAGGCUGCUUCUAGCAAAGCGUGAAAAAGACAAAGGCAAUGAAGCUUUCAGAGUCAAUGAUUACGAAGAGGCAGUUGCAUACUACUCCAGAAGCCUAUCCAUUAUGCCCACGGUGGCUGCAUACAAUAACAGAGCCCAGGCAGAGAUCAAGCUGAAGCGAUGGACCAGUGCCAUGAAGGACUGCAACAGUGUACUGGAGCUUGAACCCUGCAAUGUAAAAGCUCUGCUUCGUCGUGCCUCUGUGCAUAAUGAAAUGGGAAACGGGCAACUGGCUGUUGAAGACCUGACAACUGUGCUGAGAGAGGAACCACAUAAUGUUGCAGCCGCUCAACUUCUGUCUGAAACUCCAAAGAAGAUGAAAGAACUGCGACAAGGAAUGCAGAGAAAAGGCAAACAAAUCAUCAUCCAAGAAGUAGAAGAGGACGAUGAACCCAUAAAACUCCAGCAGACUGAUUGUCCGGUUGAACCAAGCCAGCUUGUGGGAGGGGACGAGUGCUCAGCUGCUCCUGCAGAGAGGGGAGACAUGGGUAACGCACAAAAGAGGCCCCAUGGCAAAUGGGACGGGGCCCCGCACAGCGACUCCACUAACUCCCAUCAUGGACACUGGAGGAGCAAAGGUAGCAGCUCAGACAAGUUCAAAGUCCCACAGGAGUCCAAGGAGAAGGUAGCUAAUGGAACAAGCAAGAAGGGCUCAGCAGUGUCGGGGCAGGUUAAUCAAGUCAGUAGCGGCAAGGAGACUCCAGUGGGUGGAAAUGUCGGGGAACAUGUCAAUCUUGAUGUGCCGUGUGGAGCCCUCCCCAUAUCUCUAUCCCGCUUAAAGAAUGAAGGAAAUCUGCUGUUUAAGAAUGGACAGUUUGGCGAUGCACUGGAAAAAUACUCCCAAGCUAUUCAAGGCUGUGCAGAUGCAGGUAUUGAUAGUCCAGAGGACCUAUGUAUUCUAUACUCCAACAGAGCAGCUUGCUACCUGAAAGAUGGCAAUAGUCAAGACUGCAUACAGGAUUGCACAAGAUCUCUAGAGCUACAGCCAUUCUCUCUCAAGCCCCUCCUGCGCCGGGCCAUGGCUUAUGAGUCUCUGGAGCGCUACCGAAAGGCCUAUGUGGAUUACAAGACUGUGUUGCAGAUAGACAUCAGCGUGCAGGCAGCACACGACAGUGUUAACAGGAUCACACGGUUGCUUAUUGAGCAAGACGGUGCAGACUGGAGAGAUAAACUCCCAGCAAUCCCUACGGUUCCCCUGUCAGCCCAGCAGCACCGCAGAGAGGAGCCUUCCAGCGCCGAGGUCAUCCAGGCUCGGGCUGAGAGAGCUGCCAGGGAUGCAGAAAGAAAAGCAGAAGUCCGUUUUGCUUGUUUGAAGGAGGAAGGGAACAAGUUUGUGAAAAAGGGCCAAUACCAGGAUGCUCUGGGAAAGUAUUCAGACUGCCUUAAGAUAAAACCAGAGGAAUGUGCUAUCUACACUAACAGAGCCUUGUGCUUCUUGAAACUUGAGAGAUUUAUGGAGGCCAAACAAGAAUGUGAUGCAGCACUCAAACUGGAGCCAAGCAAUAAGAAGGCCUUCUUCAGACGAGCAAUGGCCAAUAAAGGCCUUAAGGAUUACCUGGCAUGCAGCUCCGACCUGCAGGAGGUGCUGCAGCAGGAUCCCAACGUCCAUGAGGCAGAGAAGGAGCUGGAGGAGGUUACAAUUCUAGUCAAGCAAAGUCUGGCUAAACCUAGGAAGAUCAUCCCCAUUACAGAGGUGGGUAGUGAUAAUGAAGAAUCAGUUGUUCCAACCUCUGAUAAUAGUUUCAGAGAUGAAUUCAGCACCAAAUUGCAACCAACCAAUGCCUACGAUUUCGGCCAAGCUUUAAAUAACGCCUGCAGCAGUGGCAACAUGGCAGCUUGCGCAGACAUGCUGGCUUCAACAGCUCCGGAGAAGCUUCCACAGUUUUUGAGCACUCAUCUCAGUGGGCAGACCAUGAGCUUCAUCAUGAAGGUGCUGGACUCACACCUCUUGGAGAAGGACCCCAACCUAGUUUACCAACACCUCAGUCAUCUACAUACGGCUGACAGGUUCUCGGUUGCACUGAUGCUUAUGGAGAAGGACGAGCGCAGCCACGUGCAUCAGCUGUUUGAGCACCUGUCAGCUGUAGAGAGCACAGAGUUCACCAAGAAUGAUGUUCAGAACCUGGCAAACGUAUACAUCUGAACCGACCGCAUCUUUGCCCGCAUCAGCUGCUGCACCACAACACCUCCUGGGUCUAUGCAAAACUGCUCUAUAAGAAUGCAGGCGGCUGUGGAAUGUGUCCCAAAGCAAUAUAUUCAAACUGAAACACAUUGACUUAACUGGUCUGCGCUGUAAACGACCUGAGACUGUAAAGUGAUUGCAUAAAAAUAUAUAUUUCUUUAAAGGAAAUUUUGCUACAGAGAAUUACUUUUGUACCACUCUGUUCAUUUUCAAGUAUUCACAGUACUAUGGACCUUGAGUGUACUGGUAAAUUGGGUCUAAAAUGUGUUUGGUUUUGGCAAUUUUAAGUAUUUUAAUAUCAGAAUGUUGAAUUGAAGAGGAUGACUUUGGGAAUUUGACGUUGGGCUAAUUAAGACAUUCCUUGCUGUAGGGGAAGACCACAAAGUUCUAUAACUAUAGGCUGUAUUAUUGGUAUGGAAGACAUACAGUAGAUCUGCAUGAUUAUCUUUACAGUAGAUACUGUUGAACUGGUGAAAAUACAGCUUAAAACUAACCCAAAUGUUGUGUUUCUUAAAGCAGCCAUUAGUAGUGGAUAGCAGUUACAACCUGGUGAUUGACUGGUGACCAGUUCUGCUUUCACGACCUAAGUCAGUUGGGAUAGGUUCCAGCUCCUGCUGUGAACUUGUAGAAGGUACAUGAUAGCGAAUACAUUUUUUUGGUCACCUUAGAAUUAGGACGUUGACAUACAAAUGAAAUAUAUAAUUUUGGAACAACAUUUUACUAUGAGAGUAAAAAUAUACUGCAAUUAUAAAAAUAAUGCAUACAAACUAUUUAACAGUAAGGAAAGUGAUAUUAGCACAAUGAAUGUUGCUUGCAUGUCUUGAUUUUUUUGAUUUGUCAAUACUUAUUUGGGGGGGGGUUCUCUUGGCUGUAGUUUUUACUUUUCAUUUGCUUUAAAAAUGUAUAAAAUAUUUGUGUAAGCAUUCCAUAUGCACCAACAAAAAAAGGAAAAAUGAGGGCCAAAAAUGUCAUUUAUUAUUUUUUUGUUUUUAUUUUGAUAUGCAUUUUCAUGGAUAAAACAAUGCAAAUUCCAAAACAAUUACCUUAGGACAGGGGUGUCCAAACAUUUCUCCCAGAGGGCCAAAUACUCAAGGGUAUCACUGUGAUAUUGUGUAAACACAUGUAGAUAUGCUAAGAAGUUAUAUUUAAAACAUAAAUGCAUCUCAGCUUUGUAAAAUAGGUCAAAAGCGUAUUGUGAACCCUGUUCUUGGCUCUUUUUAUUCCACCCCUUUUUGCGGUUUUAUUUUCAAAAAUAUUUCAACUUUCCUCAAUCUUCGUGAAGUUUCUUCUCGUAUUAUGACUAUUUCCGUAAUAUUUAGACUUUAUUCCCAUAUACGAAAAUCAAUUACAACUUCAUUUUGUUUUGUUUCUCAUUGACAUUUUUCUCAUGUUCCAUGUUUAUUUUUGUAAAAUGGCAAAUUUUUUUAGUUAGAAUCAGACUUUUUUUCUCUUAAUAUUUUGUCUUGACUCUUGUAAAUAUACAGCUGUUUUUUUCAUUUCUGCCAUUUUUUAUAUAUUCCAACUAUUUCAACUUCUUGUAAAUUUUCUCAUAAUUAUGACUUGAAACAUAACUUUUCCACUAAUUUUCUGAAAAUUACAAAUGUAUUAGUUUUGGUUCUCAUAUUCUGACUUAACAUCUUUAAUAAAUAUCUUUAAUAUUUCAACU